AUGCCCUCAUGUUCCGACUUAUUCGACUACACAUCCGGGCGAUGGCUCUACAAUGACACCCUACGGCACCGGGAGAGGAGACGGAUCUUCAACGUUCCAGAGCUCAAGCGUCUGGCGGCUUCAUCAAUUUGCCAAAAGGAGGAAGAUGUGUUGGGGUUCGAGAAGCUCGCCGAGGGAGGCUUCAAUCGAAGCUUCUUGGUCACCAUGCGCGAUAAUUUUCGAUUCGUUGCCCGAAUCCCAUAUCCAGUGACCCAGCCAAAGCCAUUGGUCAUCGCGAGUGAAGUGGCGACUAUGGACUUUCUCCGUUCGCAUGGCAUACCAGUCCCAAAGGUCUACGGCUAUUCGGCUAGUGCUGAUAAUCCUGCGGGAACGGAAUACAUCUUCAUGGAACUCAUUCAGGGACAAAACCUGGGUGACAUUUGGUUCGAUCUGUCUGAAAGACAGAGGUACAAACUGAUUGCACAGCUAGUGCAGCUAGAGUCCCGGUUGUUCGCACUGCGGUUUCCGGCAAGUGGGAGUCUCUAUUAUUGCUCUGACCUGCCGGAGAGCAACAGAGUCAUCAUUCCGAAUUCGAGUUCGUUGUCGACCAACGAAGGCCGCUUCUGCAUUGGCCCCGACACGUCACUUGGACUAUGGUACGGAAGAAGACUUAACUUACCGGUAGAGCGUGGACCAUACCAAGACUGUCUGGCAGUUUUAACUGCCGGUGCAAAAAAGGAAAUCGCAUACCUUUCCAAAUUUGGACAACCCCUUCAACCCUUCCAGCGUCUCCGCAGAGAGACAUACAACUACCAGCCGCAAUCUCAUCUCGAUCACAUUGCGACUCUCAAGCAAUACCUUCAAAUUGCGCCCACUCUCAUCCCUCGCGGCAACCCCGCCCUUCAUCGUCCAGUACUACGGCAUCCCGAUCUUCAACCAAACAAUAUAUUCGUUUCUGAUCAAUUGGAAAUCACUGGGUUAAUUGAUUGGCAGCACAGCACGGCUCUCCCCCUUUUUCUGCAAUGCGCUAUCCCCAACAGUCUGCAAAACUACGGCGACGACGUCUCCGAAUCUCUUCAGGAACCCACCCUUCCCAGCAAUUUCAAUAAGCUAGAAGCAGAAGAGCAAUACCAACAAGCUGAACUCUUUCGUAAGCGUCAGCUCCACUACCUCUACGUGAAGUUCACCUCAGAGACAAACCCCGACCAUUACAAUGCGUUGGCAUAUGACUUCAGCACGCUGAGACGGCGGCUUUUCCACUGCGCGAGUGAUCCUUGGGAGGGCGACAAUGCAACGCUAAAGUCAACCCUGAUUACUUUGUCACGAAAGUGGGCAGACAUCAAUGGCGGCAAUACACCACCUCGUCCACUUGUCUUCUCCGAUAUCGAGAGUAAUGAAUAUCUAAAACUAGCACGCGCACAAAGCGAAGCAGACGAACAACUCAAAACCUGUCAGGAUCUGAUCGGAGUCGGGAACGAGGGCUGGGUGCCGGUGGAUCAGUAUGAGGGGGCCAUGACGCGGGCAAUGGCAUUGAAGACUCAUGCUCUUGAUGCGGCUGAGACGGCAGAGGAGAGAGCACGCAUAGAAGAGAAUUGGAUCUUUGGGGAUUUUUGUGAGGGGGAUUAUAUGUGA